AUGAAAGCGUGUCUAGCUACCUUGAAGCUCAAGGAUACUGAAGCUAUUGAUUGGAAAAAGGGCUUAGUCUCCUAUUUGAAAAGAUCGUAUGGUUCUGCACAGUGGUCACAGUUCUACAACGACAAGUUGGCGGGUGAAUUAAAUCAUCUUAGAAACAAUGCAAACGGAGAAUUGGCAUUAGAAGCGUUACUGGAGCAGAAUUUCAUCUAUUAUGCCUUUUUAGAACAAUUACAUCUCCGUAUUGGAAAUAACAGUCCACAACUAAGACUCCAUUUUACUUGGUAUGAAGCUGAAUACGAUUCUGCACUCAAGGCUCAAAAACAUUCGCAGUACAACGUAAUCUUGGAGAAAUCGUGCAUUCUUUACAAUAUUGGUGCAUUGCUUACGGAACUGGCAAAAGAAAAAGUGAAUAAGGAUUACAAGGCAUCGUUAACCUAUUUAAUGAAUGCAGUUGCAUGUUUCGAAUAUCUUUCUGAAAACUUUUUGAAUUCCCCAUCCUUGGAUUUACGAGCAGAUAUUACCAAAUUCUUGGCUGAACUCUGUCAUGCACAGGCUCAAGAAUUGUUUUUGUUGAAAUUGAUAAAUGGUCCAGAUCCCACUAAGCAAGCUUCACUCGUGAGUAAACUAUCUUAUGCUGCAGCAUCACUUUACGAGACCUGCCAUGGGUUUUUUGAGGAUGAAGAUGAAGAGGUUAGAGAUUACGGUGAUAUCAAAUGGAGGUCGCUCGUUACUUGUAAAAUGUUUUUUUUCAAAGCAGUAACUGCUUAUUACUAUGCCGUUGCUCUUGAACAGCAGAACAAGUAUGGUGAGGCUAUAGCAUUUCUGAAUUUGGCUGGUGAUUACCUUGUAUCGUCUUUACCCUAUAAAAUCAGUUUGAAAGAAUUUAUAGAUUUCACUGGUUUCAAAGAAGAGUUGGAGGAUAAAAAGAGACAGGUGACAAGGGAUAACGAUUUCAUCUAUCAUGAUGCCAUCCCGCAGAGUGUUCAAUUAGAAGUAAUAAAAUCGAUGGAUGCCGUGAAAUCUACUAGUUUUCCAGGACAGUUGGAACCAUAUGUGAAUAUGGUCGCAGAAAAAUGCGAUACGCUGUAUCAGGGAAUCGUGCCCAUGGAGAUAUAUGAAAAGGAAAGUAUCUAUUCAGAGGAAAAGGCACGUUUUCUAAGAAACGAGAUAGAUGUUGCGGAAACUGCCAAUUGGGAGUACACUUCCUACAUGGAAUUUACUAAUUUACCGAAAUUUAUAACUGAUAUGGAGGCUAGGUAUAAAACUGGAUCCACUUCGGGUUCCGGUAAUCCUCAAGUGGAUAUGAUGAAAGAUCAAUUGAUUUCCUGGAGCAGAACCGUCCAAGAUAGUAAAUUCAAUGAUGUAGACGAACAGAUGAGGAAAAUCAAUGAAAUACGACAAAAGAUUAUGAAUACUUUGUCUACAAUGCCUCCUGAGCAAAGGGAGAAUACUGUCAAGUUGAAGUCUGCUUUAUUGGAGGCUUCUGAAUCUGACGAUAAGCUUUUUUCAUUGGUUAAACCAUUCAUUCCAGAGCUUAAGUUAUUAAAGAAUAAUGAAGUACUCUGGGCAACUUGGGGUAAAUUUGAGGUAGACAAUUCCAAUCAGCCUAGUCUCUUAGAUAUAGAUGACACUAAGACGGAGGCAGUACUUUCAAAAUUGGGUAAAUUAAAGCAAUUGUGUGAAGAUUUGAGGCUACUCAAGGAGGAACGUGGAAGAAGUCUAAGUGAAUUGAAGGAGGAAGCUAACAAUGAUGACAUUACCAAAAAGAUUUUGGUUAACAGAGGUUCUACAGAUUCAGAACUCAAACAUAUGUUUGAAGUAGAAUUGGAAAAAUUCAAGCCUUUCAGUGCUAGAGUCGAGGCUACUGUUUUCAAACAAUCUGCUACCAUCUGUGAAAUGAGAGCAGAGCUCGAUGAAAUUUCUAAGCUUUCUGGUGUGGAGGACGCAUCAGGGGAAGAGAAGCUACGUAUGGAGGAACGCCAGAGAUUCUUUGAUAAAAUACAAGAAGCCGUAGCAAAUUUUGCUGUCUUUUGUGCUGAUUUGCCAAAGGGAUUGGCAUUUUAUGACUCUUUAUUAAAGAUCAGUAAAGGUCUUGCGUCCUCGGCGGCUUCACAACCUGUGGUGCAACCGCUCACGGGAUCCGCUACAAAUAGUAACGCUGAUCCUCGUCAAGUGAAUCUAGAAUCUCAAUUCAAAAAUUUAAAUCUUUCAUCUUCCAUCCCCGCUACACCUAUGAUACCUCCGAGAACCUAUGGUAGCAGUUUUGUGCGUCCUACAGUAGAGACCACACCAGUAUUUGGCAAUAACAGUUCACUUGCACCUCCUGUUCCUCCAAAGGAGUUUGGUCCACGACGUUCUCUACAGCAAGAGUUUGAAAAGGAGGAAAGGGAGUUGCAACAAAAUCCAACUUCCUUUUACAACAGACCGUCAGUAUUCGAUGAAAAUUUGUACUCCAAAUUCAGUGGGUAG